CGGCCCCGUGGAUACUCGUGUAUGACUCCUCUGAUUCAGCAGUGUGUAGUCAGGCAGUGGUGCGCGGUGAAGUGGAAUGCUGUGAGAUCGGAUGUGGUGAGCCGAUGCUGAGCCGCGGGGCACCCUGGGGCACCAGAUCGACCAAGUGUUGGGUGUGAAGGAGGAGAUGAAGACGGAGCACCGCGUGUGCUGCGCGUGCGGCGUGGGCAUCGCGGACCGCUUCGUGCUGGAGGUGGGCGGCGGCGCGUGGCACGCCGCGUGUCUGCGCUGCUGCGUCUGCGCAGCGCCGCUGGACUCCCAGCCGUCCUGCUUCCUGCGCGACCGCCGGGUCUACUGCAAGCAGGAUUAUGCCAAAUCCUUCGGUGCCAAGUGCUCCAAGUGCUGCCGAGGCAUCUCGUCCUCCGACUGGGUGCGCAAGGCUCGGCAGCAGGUCUACCACCUGGCGUGCUUCGCGUGCGACGCCUGCGGCAGACAGCUGUCCACGGGGGAACAGUUCGCGCUGCAUGAUGACCGGGUGCUUUGCAAGCCGCACUACUUGGAGACACUCGAUGGAGGGUCAAUUUCUAGUGAUGACGGAUGCGAUUCCGAGGGCUAUCACAAGAGCAAAGCAAAGCGAGUGCGCACGACGUUCACAGAGGAACAGCUGCAAGUGCUGCAGGCGAACUUCCAGCUGGACUCGAACCCUGACGGGCAAGACCUGGAGCGCAUCGCACAGGUCACGGGCCUGAGCAAGCGGGUCACGCAAGUCUGGUUCCAGAACUCCAGAGCACGCCAGAAGAAACACCAGCACACGGGGAAAGGGAAACAGAAUCAACUCAUGGCGAGAGACGGGGAGCCGGUGGGGUUUGGGCGCCCCAUCAACCUCCACCUCACCUAUUCCUUCCAGAACAAACCACCCUUCGUGCCGAUAGAUGGAACCUCCUUCACGGAUUCUUCAAUGGAUGAAUUAUCUGAGGACUCAUCAAUCCACUGCAUGCAGAAUGAAGUGUAGAUCACGAAACUCGUACACACAAGUUUUGCACCAUGAGAGAGACUCUUGCAAACAUAUUGUUUGUGUACCAAAUUUGGCCAUAUGGUAGCCAGAUUAUAUACCUGCUCAUUUCAACAAUAAUCGUGUGCGUGGCAUGACGCUCAAUCACAAUGUUAAUUGGCCUCGGAAAGGAAUAUGAUGAUGACUGUUAAGACAUACAGCACACAUGAUAAAAACAUUAAAAUAAUGUAAACAUACAGGGUGUUACAUAACGGUAACAUAGCUCACGUUUUAGGAUACUCCUAUAGUAGGAAUGCUGCAAAUCUUAAGUAGAUAGGUAUUGUUAGCUUGGCCAAGGAUGAGGUGAUUUGCAAUCAGUUUGUUUUUACGGGAAGGAUGGAAAUGUUAAUCUAGAAAUCAUUCCAUGAAUAGAGACAUAUCAUCCGUAUCCUAUGCUUUCGCCACAAAACUCUGUCCAAGUGCCCACUAACAAUAUAUUGUGUUAUCAAUUGUGGCCCUUUUGCGUCCUAUUUGGAAUAUUGUUAUAUCAGAUAGUACCUACGUAGCGUGACUACAAUAUAGUUUUAUUGAAAUUGUAGUUUAGUGCAGUGACUGUGGUAAAGUUUAUGUUGAUGUGACUGCAAAACGGUUUUGUUAAGUUAUCUAGAUAACAUUGUAGUUUAGCGCAGUAGUAAAGUUAACAUAAUCUGAUUUAAAAUCUUUCCUUCAGGGUGCAACAAAGCAAUUACUGUGUGUAUCGUUGUCUUCUCCGAUCAACUUAGUUAUUCCUACGUAUUUAAUUAAUAACAAGUCUAGGUUUAUUUUACUUACUUAUUGUUUAUUUAUUUACUUGCUUAAUUUAUGAAACUGUGAUAGGUUAAUUUCAGAAAUAGGUACUUUUUAAAAGUGCAAUGUAUCAAUCUCGUGUCUUUAAAAACCCUACAAUCUUUGUCAUCUGAUAUCAAAUGAAUAUCAUCUAAAUGUUCAAAUAUGAUGCAAUAUUAGCAUAGGUAAAUUAAAUUCGGUGAAAAAUCUGUGUCUCGAAAUAUGCUUGUAGGUACUUAUGUAAAAUAAAUAUUUAUUGGGUGUAUGUGUCUUAUUUAACGUUAGCCUACAUGUAAUUAAUAUUCAGAAUAUUCCUGUACAUUUCAAAAUAAAUUUUGAGUGGUCCGAUGAGCUGAAAAAAUUAGACUAUUUGUAGAGAUUGAACGAAGUCAUGGUACCAGUGUCGGUAUCUAAACGUACGAAUAAUCACGCAAUCGGGUAAUAUCAUAUCACUGUAAAUUCUUAAACAUUUAUUAAAGUAUAAAGAUAAGAAAACUUUUACAAACUUAAAUAUUUCCUAUUUAUACUUAUUAUGUACUUACUUAAUGAGUGCCAAAAAAUAUAAAUCUUAACUAUUUUCUCGAUGUACCUAACUAGCGAGCUCUCUUCUUGCCAAAUAAUGUUUUAAUUCAAAUACAAUGAACUAGGUAUUACGAAUCUGAAUGAAAGCAAUAUGGUAGUACCUACAUACGAAGAAUUUAUAAAUAAUAAUAACAUUACAUUGUUAUAUUGUGACUGUCUGUAUAUUGUAUAUAUAAGUAACAUAAAUAAUAUGUUU